AGGGGGAUCGGGGAGAGAGAGAGAGAGAGAGAGCAGGGGAUCAGUCACCGCGGCAGAGGGAGUGCGAUUCGCCAAGUGCAGCUCAUCUCCGAUCGCUCGAGGCCGGUGGCCGAGACGGUUAGAUCGGCGUCGGAUCGAAUAGACCAGCUACUUCUUUUGAUCUUUCCCUUUCCUCUUUCGUCGUGUCCGCGGCAGGCGAGAGUGCGAUUCGCAAGUGCAGCUCGACUCCGACUUCACGAGGCCGUAACCCGAGGUCUGGGAAUAAUAUUUGAUGGCUAAUACAGCGUGCUUCAUUAUUGUCAGCAGAAAUGACAUUCCAAUUUAUGAAGCUGAAGUUGGCUCUGCAAUGAAAAAAGAAGAAGCUGCUCAGCAGCACCAGUUCAUUUUACAUGCUGCCUUGGAUAUUGUCGAAGACCUUGCAUGGACAACAAGUGCUAUGUUCUUGAAGGCAGUGGACAAGUUCAAUGAUCUUGUGGUCUCUGUAUAUGUUACUGCUGGUCACACUAGAUUUAUGUUGCUACAUGAUUCCCGCAAUGAGGAUGGGAUAAAGAGUUUCUUCCAAGAGGUUCAGGAGCUUUACAUAAAGAUUUUAUUAAAUCCCCUAUACUUACCUGGGUCGCGCAUCACAUCAUCACAUUUUGAUACCAAAGUCCGAGCUCUUGCAAGAAAAUAUCUGUGAACAUGCUGGACCGCAUAUCAAGGGAAGUUUCUCUUCUCAAAUCUGAUCCUUGUGUUCAUUUGAAGCAGUGCCAUUGGGUUUCUUUCUCUCUUGCCUCUGUUUUUUAUUUUCCUGAAAGUGUAAUACAUGGGGGAGAAGUGUCGGUUUUUAGAUACGUAAUUUUCUCACUAGCGUCUAUGACCCAUUUGUUUCACUGACUAAUUGCUGAUUGAUGCAUCUGAAAUGCUUGUGUAGUAAACCUAACAUGGUGGUUAAUUCUCAGUUUUAUCAUAUCAUUUUUUAGCUGC